AUGACUUCUCGUCUCCUAAACUCUGCCUCAAGAGCCAUCUUGAGACCUAGCAGUUCAGCAUUGAAAAAUGGCACAUCAUCCAUCAUCAGACGUUCGGAAUCCACUGUCCCUUACAAUGGCAAGACCACUGUAAAAGGCUUCCCUACCAUUGUGCAAGAGUAUUCAAAGGCAUCCACUGGCCUCUGUAAAGUUACAACGCUUCCCAAUGGCAUCCGCGUUGCAUCCGAAAACACACCAGGUCAUUUCAGCGCUGUAGGCGUCUAUGUCGAUGCUGGUAGUCGCUACGAAACUGCUACAACCCGAGGUGUCAGCCAUAUUUUAGAUAGACUAGCAUUCAAGAGCACAGCCAACCGCUCUGCCGAUCAAGUUGUUGCUGAAUUAGAGUCAUUGGGAGGCAAUAUUAUGUGCUCUUCCUCUCGUGAAUCCAUCAUGUAUCAAUCUGCCAUCUUCUCACAAGACUUGAGCAGAGUUUUAUCACUUUUCUCUGACGUUGUUUGCCAUCCCACUGUCAAUAGUGCCGAAGUAGAAGAACAACGUCAAACAGCACUAUACGAAAUUGAAGAGAUUUGGUCAAAGCCAGAGAUGAUUUUACCAGAAAUUUUGCAUACAGUCGCUUACGAAGGAAAUACACUUGGCAAUCCCUUGUUAUGUCCACCUGAGAACUUGGAAUCGAUGACACCUGACUUGAUCCGCGACUACAUGAAGACAUGGUAUCGCCCUGAACGCAUGGUUAUUUCUGCUUGUGGUGCUGAGCAUGAUCAAGUGGUUGAUUUAGCUGUCAAAUACUUUGGCGAUGUACCCAAAUCCAAAGAGAACUUAGACUCUGUCAUGACACAUGUCGAAGCUUUGAAGAAGCAAUACACGCAAGCACAAAAUGCCAGUAGCAAUAAUGGCAAGUCUUUUGUCAAAUCAUUAUUCAACAACUCCAAAAAGCAACAGCAACAAGAGGGUCUCACACCUUUUGAACUGGCAACUCAACCUGCUCAAUACACUGGCGGAAGUAGCUUUAUGGAAACCGGCCCUGAAUCACCAUUGACACAUGUGUAUGUUGCAUUCGAGGGCCUUUCCAUCGACGAUCCAGAUAUUUACGCUCUCACUACGCUUCAAAUAUUGCUCGGUGGAGGUGGAUCCUUCUCUGCUGGUGGUCCAGGCAAGGGCAUGUACUCUCGUCUCUUUACGCAUGUCUUGAAUCAGCACUACUGGGUUGAAUCAUGUCAAGCAUUCAAUCACUGCUACACAGACUCUGGUCUCUUUGGUAUUGCUGGAUCAUGUCAACCUGAAUAUGCCAAUGCUCUUGUUGAAGUCAUUUGUCGUGAAUUGGAUAUUGUUGCCAGAGGCGAUGUUGGACAACUCGCAGUGACAGACAUUGAAUUGAAUCGUGCCAAAAAUCAAUUAAAGAGCUCGCUCUUGAUGAAUCUGGAAAGUCGCAUGGUACAAUUAGAGGAUCUUGGUCGACAAAUUCAAGUGCACGGUAAAAAGACUGGCAUUGACGAAAUGUUGGCCAACAUUGAUAAGGUUGACGUGAAUGAAUUGAGACGUGUGGCCAGUCGUGUUGUUCGUGGUGCAGUCAGUGUCACCAGUGGUGGCAGUGGAAAGGCUACUGUCGUUGUACAAGGCAAUCUUCAAGGCUUGCGUGAUGUUAACAAGACAAUUGAUAAAUACGGUUUGGGUAGUGGUAGCAAUUAA